AGAGUGUUUCUAUAUGCCAUGUGAGGCUGAUAGUAACAGACUGAGAUCAUGGCGCCACAUUGGAGCAAGUUGGCCCCGAACAAGAACAGUGCGGUGAUCGCCUCUCAAGCUGCACUUCUUUACUGGUUCUGUGCUACCUUCAGAUGGCUUCCAGGCAUCCGAGCCAGAAUACACCGAAAACGUGUCCUUGUGAGUGACCCGAAGGAUGGCGCGAAACGAAGUGCGAAAGACCGGAUGCAGUUUUCCAAAUCCAUCCGGAAAAUCUUGGCAAUUCUCAUUCCCUCACUGUGCUCUCGUGAAGCAAUCUACGUGGUUUGCGUGGCAUUGCUCCUCGUGGCGAGAUCGACGUGUGAUCUCUGGAUGAUUCGCAAUGGCACAUUGAUCGAGAGAGUCAUCAUCAGUCAACAGCCGGAUGAAUUUCGAAAGCAUCUGCUGGAAUAUAUUGUUGCUAUGCCGAUAGUAAGCGUAGUGAAUGGACUCCUCAGAUUGACGAUCAACAGGCUGAAGCUAGCUUUUCGAAUUCGUUUAACACGACAUCUUCAUGAAACUUACAUGGACUCCAAUACGUUCUACAAGUUGUGCAAUAUUGACUCGCGUAUCCAAAACCCUGAUCAAAUUUUGACUCAAGAUGUGGAUAAGUUAUGCAACGGCAUCGUGGACUUGUACUCGAAUGUGACCAAGCCUGUGAUGGACAUAUUUAUUUACAUGAUCCGGCUUACCACGAAUCUUGGAGGAAGGGCUCCAUUCCUGCUGACGAUGUACAUGAUGUUUGCCGGUUCUGUCUUGACCCGUCUUCGAAGACCGAUCGGGAGCUUGACCACGAUUGAGCAACAGUUGGAGGGAUCCUUCAGAUUCUUGCAUUCGCGAUUGAUCAGCAAUUCCGAAGAAGUGGGCUUUUAUCAGGGUAACCAGACAGAGAAGAAGAAUUUGAAUUUUGCCCUGGAUGACCUGAGCAGGCACAUCACGGACCACAUGAAUUUCAAAUUCAUCAUUGGUGUUGGAGAUAGCAUCAUUGCCAAGUAUAUAUCCACGGUUGUUGGAUAUCUUGCAGUCAGUCAGCCUUUCUUACGUGCGAACAAUCCGAAAGUUGGAACCACUCCCCCGGAAAGACUCGAGCAUUACUACAAAAACGGAAGGAUGAUGGUCAACUUGGCUCAAGCUAUUGGCAGACUAGUACUAGCUGGUCGAGAAUUGGCGAAGCUGACUGGCUUCACUUCUCGGAUUUCCGAGUUCAUGUACGUCUUGCAAGAAGUGCGUCGCGGAACUUACCUUCGUGGUUCUUCUGGAGAUAGCAACGCUAGUCUGGUUUCACCAACUGUUCAUGGCAAUGGUCGCCUUAUCGUUUCGGAGGAUCGGAUCAUUAAAUUUGAGGGUGUGAAACUGGUGACUCCUACUGGGGACGUUUUAAUCGAGUCUCUGGACUUGGAAAUUCGUGCGGGCACGAAUGUUCUGAUUUGUGGCCCGAAUGGUUGUGGGAAAAGUUCGUUGUUUCGUGUGCUGGGGGAACUGUGGCCAGUUGCAUCAGGUACUUUGGUCAAGCCUCGAUCGGAGGAUCUUUUCUACAUUCCGCAACGGCCGUAUAUGACGCUUGGAACUCUCCGAGAUCAAAUGGCGAGGUUGUUGUAUCACCAGCCGGCAUUUGCUAUCUUGGACGAGUGCACGAGCGCUGUUAGCUGUGAUGUGGAGGAUGAAAUUUACAGCUAUUGCCGAAACGUCGGCAUUACUUUGUUCACGGUUUCUCAUCGAAGAUCUUUGUGGAAACAUCACGAGUUCUACCUCCACAUGGACGGAAGAGGGGGUUAUCGUUUCGAGAAAAUUACUUCGGAUACUGUGCCAUUUGUCAUGAAUUGCGCGCGGAUUGUGCCACACCACGUUUUCCUGAGAUCGAUGAGCUCAUCGGUCCCUACGACGAAAAUGUUCAUCAACGGGCAGUUUUUGGAUUCGAAGACAAAGGACUGGAUCGAUGUUCACAACCCGGCGACGAACGAGGUCGUGACCCGAGUUCCGAAAAGCACGCACGACGAAAUGGAAGCUGCUGUGAAAGUCGCCAAGGACGCCUUUCGAGAUUGGUCCCGAGCGUCGAUCCUUUCGCGUCAGCAGAUCAUGUUCAAAUUUCAGCAACUGAUCAAGGAACACAUGAAGGACUUGGCUCAUUUGAUCACGCUCGAGCAAGGAAAGACUCUGCCUGAUGCCGAGGGUGAUGUAUUGCGAGGCCUGCAAGUUGUUGAGCAUUGCUGCAGCAUCACCAAUCUUCAGUUGGGUGAAACAAUGCCCGGGAUCGCCAAGGAUAUGGACAUUCAUUCAUACCGCGUACCCCUGGGGGUGUGUGCUGGAAUAACCCCAUUCAACUUCCCUGCGAUGAUCCCUCUCUGGAUGUACCCAAUGGCCAUUGUUUGCGGCAACACGUUCGUGAUCAAGCCUUCGGAAAGAGACCCAGGUGCAGGAAUGCUGCUUCUCGAACUGCUGCAAAAGUCUGGGUGUCCCGACGGGGUCGUCAAUUGCAUCCACGGGGCCCAUGCUUCGGUUGACUUCAUUUGCGACCAUCCGGACAUUCGAGCUAUUUCCUUUGUCGGCUCUGACCAGGCUGGACAGUACAUUUACGAGCGUGGGUCCAAGAAUGGGAAACGAGUGCAGUCCAACAUGGGUGCCAAGAACCACGGGGUCAUUUGCGCGGAUGCGAAUAAGGAGCAGACGCUGAAUCAGCUCGUGGGUGCUGCGUUUGGUGCCGCGGGGCAGCGUUGUAUGGCGCUGUCGACUGCUGUGUUUGUGGGGGAGUCUCGGGGUUGGAUUCCGGACUUGGUGGAACGUGCCAAAGCUCUCAAGGUCAAUGGAGGAACUGAACCCGGAACAGACAUUGGCCCAGUGAUUUCCCCGGAAGCCAAGAAGCGGAUUUGCGACCUCGUGGAAUCCGGCAAAAAACAAGGUGCCAAUCUCAUUCUCGACGGUCGCGACGUCUCUGUAUCUGGAAAAUACUCGUCCGGAAACUUCGUCGGACCCACGAUUCUUACCGGCGUGAAACCAGAAAUGACUUGCUACAAAGAAGAGAUCUUUGGCCCAGUUCUGGUCGUGCUCGAAGUGGAAAAGCUGGACGACGCUAUCGAACUCAUCAACUCGAAUCCCUACGGAAACGGAACUGCGAUUUUCACUACGAAUGGAGCCACCGCGCGGAAGUUCACGCAGGAAAUCGACGUCGGGCAAAUCGGCGUCAAUGUCCCAAUCCCGGUCCCGUUGCCCAUGUUCAGUUUCACGGGAUCCAGGGGUUCUUUCCGUGGUGACAUGAACUUUUAUGGGAAAGCUGGGAUUCAGUUUUACACGCAGCUCAAGACAGUGACUCAAAUGUGGCGGGCAAGUGAUGCUUCGGACAAGAAAGCCGCAACUGCUUUCCCAACACUGAAGUGAGGCUGGUCUCGAAAGUGAAUAACGAACGAUUCGAAGGUGUCUGGAAAAGUUCUUUUUCUGUUCGUUUGAGUCGAACAGAGGAUGGUUUGAGUUUCUUUUUUGGAGUGUGAGUCGCGUCGAACUUGGAAAACUUGUUAUUCUUCGGCGUCGUACUAGCCGAGAUUUCUGAGAUUCUUCCAUCUCGACUUUUAGAUUAUUUUGUAUUUUCUUUUUUCUUGAAAAACUAUUUUUAUCGGAAGACUUUCAGGGAAAUUUCCGCCACCAGAAAUAGGAAUUACACAUUUUCUGGUCAAUUCUCGAGUGCAGGCUGGCGUGAAUAAUUUUCUUGCUAGGUAUCGUUUGGUUUUUAUUUGGUUGUGCGUUUCUUGUCGACAUGUGUUUUUUCCCGAAAUUAUGGCAUAAACUCUAGUGAAAAUGUCCCGAAUCAGGGUUAAGGGGAGCAUCUUUCUUGUCUGUUUCGAUUUUUGUCGAGGGAUUUUUGUUGGAAUGGACGGAGAUUUUUUCGCGGGUUUGUGUUCUGAUCCAGGGAAUUCAUAUUAAAUGUGCAAUAUUAUGAAAAAGUGAGCUAUUCCGUACAGACGCGAUUGAUAGGAUAUUUUUCUUGUCUUUAGAAAGAUGCUUGAAGGGUGUGUUUUUGUCUGUCCGCAUCGGCUUCCGGUGAAAUGAAACCUGCAGAUCUGCUGAUGAUUAUUGAUUCGAGGAAUUCAAUCAAAUCCAACGAGUAAUUUUCGAUUCGAGCAAUUUGGCCUAAGUAUCUCUUGGCGGUGGUUAUAUUGGCUAGAAAUAUUUUAGGAUGAUAUCACGCUGCGAUGCCCUUCUAAUUUUGUUGCAUUUCAAGUCGAUAUUGCGCUAAUGGGAAGAUUGCCUUGUAAACAAAAAUUACUGAAACGCACUGCCGUGGAAACGAUGACGCAUCAACAUCUGUUCGCCACGUCCUGUUUUUUUUUUUUCAAUCGAACGGAUGAAGCAUGUUUCAUCGUGAAAAAUGAUAAUUCAAAACAUUUAGGCCUUUUUUUCAUUUUGUAGCUGCACGAGAUACGAAUAACUUAAUUGAGAAAGGGAAUGACGCAACUUGAACCUCACGUGACUCAAAAAGUAAUAGCCUUGUGACAUGGUUACAUAAUACUGAAUGGUAACAUAAGUUGUCGAGCAAAUUUCACUUCCGCGUUUCUAAUGCACGUAUUUUGCAGUGAGUCACAUAGUUUUUGUUCUCUUUCGAAGACUUCAGAUUCAAGAAAAAUGAUUUACCCAACUUCAAUUUUGCCUUGCUCGGAUUGAAAGUGAACACAGCGAACGAUUAGAUCUUCUGUCUGAAAUUCGCUCCAAGGAAUAAAACAGGCAGAAGGUUAUGAUUAUUAUAAACGUUUUUGGUAGAAAAAAGUUCUUAUGCGAAUGCAAUUGCUGAAAAUGUUCCUCGCUAUUACAAUAGUUUGAAGACCUCUUUUCAAAGAUGGAAAUUUGUCUGUAGGAGAGGUUUUUCUAACCGUCGCUUUCCCUGACAAUAUUUCUCUGUUCUUCGCAAAAUCGUUGAAUUUUGCUUCUCUCUCGUUUUUGAAUCCGGUGAAAGAUAC